AUGGAUAAAUCCAAAGAGCCCAUUGCCAUUGUUGGUAGCGCCUGCCGGUUUCCCGGAGGCUGUGAUACUCCCUCAAAGCUUUGGGAGAUGCUGAAGCAACAGCGUGAUGUCUUGCAGAAGAUUCCCAAAGACCGCUUCAAUACAGACCCGUUCUACCAUCCCGAGCCAACACACCAUGGCACUAGCAAUGCCCAGUUUUCAUAUCUACUAGAGCAAGACAUAGGCGAGUUCGAUGCAAACUUCUUCAACAUACUCCCGAAAGAAGCCGAAUGUAUUGAUCCGCAACAGAGACUUCUCAUGGAGACUGUCUACGAUGGCAUAACCGCUGCUGGUCUACCUAUGGAGACGCUGCGCGGGUCGAACACAGCCGUAUACGUGGGCCAGAUGUGCGAUGACUGGCCUGGCAUGCUCCAGACCCAGCUCGAUGAGUCACCGCCCUACAUGGCCACGGGUUCGUCGCGAAGUAUUGUAGCUAAUCGAGUCUCAUACUUCUUCGACUGGCACGGUCCAUGUAUGAACAUCGACACGGCAUGCUCAUCGAGUCUGGUGGCUAUUCACGAGGCGGUUCAGACCUUGCGGAGUGGCCAGUCUGGAAUAGCCGUAGCAGCCGGGGUUAAUAUUCUGAUUUCUCCAAUGUAUUAUAUAUCUGAGAGUAACCUCCGCAUGCUAUCCUCAGAAGGCCGGUGCCGGAUGUGGGAUGCUGCAGGGGAUGGAUAUGGUCGUGGGGAGGGUAUUGCAUGUGUGGUGCUCAAGACGCUGAGUCAGGCCCAGCGAGACAAUGACCAUAUUGAAUGCAUCAUCCGGGAGACUGGCGUUAAUCAGGAUGGCCGGACCUCUGGAAUCACCAUGCCCAGCAACAUUGCCCAGGCGCAGCUGAUUCGUGAUACCUACCGCCGAGCCGGGCUCGAUGUACACAACCCGCUGGACCAGCCGCAGUUUUUCCACGCCCAUGGCACGGGAACCAAGGCGGGAGAUCCGCAAGAGGCAACCGCUAUAUAUCAUGCCUUCUUCACGAAGGAGACGGAACCAGAGCAGAAGCUGUUGGUAGGCUCAAUCAAGACACAUAUCGGUCAUACGGAGGGCGCGGCGGGACUUGCCAGUGUCAUUAGCACUUCACUGGCCCUACAGCAUGGACAAAUACCUCCAAAUAUGCACUUUAAUGAGCUCAAUCCUGACAUCCACCCAUUCUACGGCGCCUUUGAAGUCCCAACCUCCGUCAAGGAGUGGCCGGCGCUGAAGCCUACGCAGGUGCGGAGAGCGAGUGUUAACAGUUUCGGGUUUGGUGGCACCAAUGCCCAUGCGAUAAUGGAGUCUUACGUACCUCCGGAGACAAUCAUGUCCGCACCGUCUCAAUCAACCACACUAUACACGCCCUUACUCUUUUCUGCGAACUCAGUCACCUCUCUGCGGAAAAUGAUUUCCAAACAUCGCGACUACCUGGUAGAUAGGCCCGAAACCAGCCUUCGUGAUCUUGCAUGGACGCUGCAACAUCACCGCUCAACUUUGCCUUACAGGAAGGCCAUCACUGGGCGGGAUUAUGAGAGCAUUAUCGCCCAAAUGGGUAGUGUCUUACAUGCCGAGCCCGCGGACCUGAGUGUUCGGUCCACCCAAUCGACUGAGCCUCGCCUUUUGGCAGUAUUUACUGGUCAAGGUGCUCAAUGGCCCCGGAUGGGUGCCCGCCUGCUGGAGUCGUCGAGCUUUGUGCGCGAUAAAAUUGCUUUCUUAGAUGAAUGUCUCGCCACUCUCCCUGAAGAUGACCGCCCGGAUUGGAAAAUUAGUGACCAGAUUUUGGCCACAGGGGAGUCCUCAAGGGUCUUGGAAGCGGCUAUAUCUCAGCCUCUUUGCACCGCUGUCCAGAUUGUCCUGGUUGAUCUCCUUCAAGCAGCAGGGAUCAAACUUGACGCAGUCGUCGGGCAUUCUUCGGGUGAAAUUGGUGCAGCAUAUGCCGCUGGUCUCCUGUCAACCUGUGAUGCUAUCCGCGUGGCAUAUCUCCGUGGUGUCUGUGCCAAGCUCGCAGCUUCUCCAAGUGGUGCGAAGGGUGGCAUGGCCGCUAUCGGUGUGUCAGCAGAAGAUGUGCAAGAGGUUUUUGAUCAAGAGGAAAUUCGGGAGGAAAUCAAGGGCAAAAUAUCCAUCGCGGCGCUAAACUCGGGAUCUAGCAUUACCCUGUCCGGGGAUGAGGACGUUGUUCAGACAGUGGUAGACGUCUGCACUAGCCAAGGCAAAUUUGCUCGUCGUCUACGGGUAGAUACGGCUUAUCAUUCAGACCACAUGCUGCCUUGCGCCAAUCCAUAUCUCGAGGCUAUGGAGCGCUGUGGUAUUUCAGUCCAACAGCCUUUGGGAGACCGACCAACGUGGUUCUCCAGUGUUUACCGUGAUACUAUCAUGGAUGCCAACAAUCUGACCCCCGAUUACUGGGUUCACAAUAUGGUACAGACUGUGCUUUUCUUACCGGCCAUCACCAGAGCUGCCAAGGAGAUCCAGACACUUGACAUCGCAAUUGAAGUGGGCCCUCACCCGGCACUCAAGGGUCCUGCGUUGGAUUCGCUAGGGGAGGUGCAAACGCAGAUUCCGUAUACUGGACUUCUUGGCCGUGGAAAGGAUGACGUAGAUGAGCUAUCUACCGCUGUGGGAUAUCUUUGGACCCAGCUGGGAACGGGUGUGGUUGACUUCGAUGGGCUGGAGAGCGCUCUUGCCGGUGACAAAGAACCUAAGACUCUCCUUGUCGAUCUCCCAAGCUACCCAUUUGACCACCAAAAUCGUUACUGGGUGGAAUGUCGCACAUGGAAGGCUAACAGAUUGUCAGACGCAUAUCCAAAUACAUUGUUAGGUUCAUGUCUGACUACCACGAGAAGCCCCGGUAAUGCACAAUGGAAGAACAUCUUGAAGCCAACAGAGAUACCAUGGCUACAGGGGCAUCGACUGCAAAACCAGCUGAUUCUACCUGCUACUGCAUACAUUGUCAUGGCGCUGGAAGCAAUUAAAGCGGUGGCUGGGGAUGCUGCCAUAGCACUAUUCCGGUUGACUGAUUUAGUGCUAAAACGCCCAAUUGUAUUCGACGAUGACAGUUCCAGCAUUGAAUGUAUCUCCAGUUUGCAAAACUUGGCCUUCAAUGACUCGCAUAUCAAAGCCCAAUUUACGGUUGAGUCAGCACCCCAAGGAGAAUUGUCGUUGCGGGUAAAUGUUGAAGGCUCCAUAGAAGUCGAAUUGGGCAGAUCUAAUCCCGAGAAACUGCCGCUACUCGAGCAUGAUGACUACUACAAUAUGAACGAGCAAAACCCCGGAAGGUUCUAUUCGGAAAUGAGAAACGUCGGCUAUCAGUACUCUCCGCCCUUCCAAGGAAUUACCAGCAUCCAACGACGCCUAGACUUUGCUCGAAGCAAAAGAUAA